AUGUCAUCCUCAGCUACCAACACCGCUACUUACAAAUUCAACCAUACCAUGCUUAGGAUCAAGGACCCAAAGGUCUCGAUCCCUUGGUAUGAGAAGGUAUUGGGUAUGCAGAAAUUCAGAGAGUCGCCAGGCGGUGAUUUCACCAACUACUUCCUCGCCUUCCCAGCUGGUUUUGGCGAUAAAGCGAAUGCCUCAGAUGACGAGAAAGCUUCAGUCAUGUUGAGCAGAGAAGGUGUAUUGGAAUUAUGCCAUAAUUGGGGUACAGAAUCCGAUCCAAACUUCAAAGGUUAUGCAUCAGGUAACGAAGAACCUGGAAGAGGCUUCGGACAUAUCGCAGUCACUGUCGACAACCUCGAAGCUGCCGUUAAAAGAUUUGACGAAUUGGGUGUGAAGUUCAAGAAGAGACCUGAGGACGGUAAGAUGAGACACAUCGCGUUCAUCUAUGAUCCUGAUGGAUACUGGAUCGAGAUUCUCGCUCACCAAAAAUAA